AUAUGGAUAGUGAGGAAUUGAUGGUAAUGUUUAGUGCAGCAAAGGCAAAAUCUCCUAAUGCCACAUUAUACUUUAUUUCAUCAAAAAUUUGUGCUAAAAGAAACAACAACAAUGCACUACUUAUAUUCACUCACUAAUCCAUACAGAUAUAGCUUUAUAUCCUGGGCAUUGGGGCUGUACAUAGCAAGAGGAAAGGAAACAGCUUAAAGAAUUCAGAACAUAUACAGGAAAUGUAACGUAGGUCAAAACAAAAGAAACCAAAAAAAGGAAGGAUGUCAAGAAAAUGUUGAGAAACUUAAACAUAAACACGUAAUCAAAGCAACAUUUCCUGAGAUGAUUGAUAGGUCUGUAGACCAAAUAUAUGAUUUACUUGCUGGCAUCUGGCAGACGUAUAUGUCAUGCAUGGUAUGACAAUGAACCUGUCAUUUACUUAAGAAGGAUAGAUCGCUUGAAAAAAAUGAUCCUGAAAAAUAUGUUGUGGCUUAUUGGAAGGAGGAAGAUGAUGACAACUUAGCAGAAGACUAUGCUAUAUUUCAAAACUCUCACUAGCAUGUGAUGUUCUUUUUAAAGACCUAAUAAUGUCUUAAAUGUAAAUACUUGUAUAAUUUAUAAGGUAGCAAAAAUUUGGAUAUAUUAACUGUCCAUGAUGUCUGAUACAAAGCAUGACUUUACUUUUGAUCUGAACCAUGUCUUAAAGUAUGUGAAAAAGGAAGUGGAAGGAACAGAUUUGUUAACACAACCAUCUGAAGAACAAGACUUCAAAGUGUCAAUGAUAAAAAUUGAGAAGGCAGAUGGAGAUAAUUCAGAAUUACAUUCACAGCAAUCAGAAAACUUUGCUGAAAAUUUCAGAGAUCUGAAAAAUACUUUAAAACAAGAGGAAGAAAUGACUCAUUUUACAGAUAUGAAUAAAUCACUGUCCUUAGCUUCAAGACUUCUGGCUAUGUCAGAGAAGGCUAACAACAGUCAUUGUGUACCUAUCAUUAUGCCAAAAUAUGAAACCCUAAGAGACCUCCCAGUUCCAGAAGUGUCUUUAAGUCAGGUGCAGUUUAUUGAGGAAGAUGAUGAAAUAACUUCUGAAAACUAUGAACUGGCUGAAAACAUGCAAGAUCAAUUAGAAGAAUACCAUCAUAGUGAACAAGUUUUAAGAAAAGAAAUUGAUUUUCAAAAAUCAUUUCAAUGUCAGAUCUGUCUGAAAGAAUUUUCUCAAUUUUCACAUUUGAAAAAUCACCAGCUGACUCAUACUGGUUUACAAAACAUUAAAAUGUUAAUAUGCCAGCGUGGAUUCUCAACAUCUUCAGAAUUAAAAAGACACAAGUUGGGUGAUAUUGGGGAAGAAAAUGAUAAUCUUACUAAGGUGCAGUUCAGGGAGGAAGAAAAAGAAAUGACUUUAAGAAAGUCUGUAAUGACUGAUAACAUGCAAGAUCAAUUUUCAAGUUUGAAAACUCACCAGAUGAUUCAUACUGAUGAAAAAAAAUUCAAAUGUCAGACAUGUCAAAAACGUUUUUGGAGAAAAGCAAAUUUAAAAUGUCACCAGAGGAUUCAUACUAGUAAAAAAUCAUUGAAAUUUCACAUAUGGCAACCUAAAAAUUUUGAAAAUCACCUGUUGAGACAUACUCUUAAAAAAAACACAUUCAAAUGUCAAAUUUGUCUCAAAGAGUAUUCUGCAUCAUCAAGUUUAAAAUCUCACCAGAUGAUUCAUACCGAUGACAACAAAUUCAAAUGUCAAAAUUGUCAAAAAUCAGAAUUAAAAAGUCACAAGAUGAUUCAUACUGAUGAAAAAACAUUUAAAUGUCACAUAUGUCAAAGAGAAUUUUCUUGUUCUACAUAUUUGAAAGCUCAUCUGAGGAGACAUACAGCUACUUGUGAAAAAGCAUUUGAAUGUCAAAUAUGUCUAUGUGAAUUUUCAUAUUCUAGAACUUUAAAAAGUCACAUGCUGAGACAUACUGGUACUUGUGAAGGAACAUUCAAAUGUCUAAUAUGUCGAAGUGAAUUUUCUCAAUUUUCAAGUUUGAAAACUCACCAGAUGAUUCAUACUGAUGAAAAAAAAUUAAAAUGUCAAACAUGUCAAAAACCUUUUUGGAGAAAAGCAGAUUUAAAGCGUCACCAGAUGAUUCAUACUGGUGAAAAAACAUUCAAAUGUAGAAUAUGUCCAAAAAAAUUUUCUAGCGCUUCAUAUUUGAAAAUUCAUCACCUGAUUCAUACUGACUGUCCCGUAGCAUAAAGCAGCUGUUGCAUUAAGUUUAUUUUUUUGAUUUCUGUAGCACAAGGUCAUAGUUAUUUUGUUGACGUGUUUCACUCAACAGAAGCUUACAAAUCCAUUAUUAAUGCUUUUAUUGAUUGAAUAUUUGCAUCACUGUGGUAAGCUAAUUCCAGACUAAAAAAAUUGGUGCAGAAAUUUAAUGCAGUGAAAAGGAGAAUGAUUGUUUGUAAAUGCAGAAUGAGGUAGAUGGUAAAAGUAUUUAAAGGAUGGAAAUAUUCAGUUGGGGGCUUGAAUGAUGACAGUAAAUUUGUUACAUUAAAUUGUAUUGUACAGUGUGUAUUUUAUUUGAUUCCUAGUUCCAGAAUUAAAGCUUUGUAUUUAU